GUGGUGGCGUGCUCUACGUGGCGGGAUCCACGAACUAUCAUUGGAUGAGUGUAUCGGGUAUCGUCUUUGCCCCGGACACGGUUGGGCACAUCGCUCUUCCUCUGGCAGGGGCCUGGGUCGGCUAUGGCGGGGCUUACGAGUCCCCCGACUACACUGUCCGCAACGGCAUUUGCUCCGUUGAAGGACUGAUCCAUGGAGGCGAAUGGGGUCACUUGGCAACGCUUCCAGAAGACUGCCGUCCUGCUGAUGGUGCGCUGAUCUUCACCGCGAACAACCAUGCGUCGCCUGCGCGAGUCAAUGUUGAGUCGAACGGGAAGAUCAGGUGGAUAGCUGGAGGCAAUAAUCAUCACUUCAUCAGCCUAAGCGGUAUCGUCUUCUCGCCAACCGCCGUUGGCUACGCCAUUCCACUCGAGAAUGGUUGGAGCAACUACGGCAAAGGAUACGCCCCUGCGAAGUAUCGCGUGGUCAACGGCAUCUGCUUCCUUGAGGGCUUGAUCAAGAAAG